CUUCGACGUCCCUCAGACUGCUUCCUGUCGUAUACCUUACAACUUCAGAAGAGUGGGUGAGGGUUUGGGGUGUGGUUAAAGAACAUCCGGGCCUGAAGCCCCAGAGGCCCAGGCCAGGCAACGCCCCUGUUGGUUAACAAGUGAUAAGUAUUGUGGACAUCAUGAAGAUAGCCUCCUUCAACAUUCAGAAAUUCGGGAAGAGGAAACUGUCAGAUCCAGCUGUUCUGUCCGUUCUCGUUAAGAUAGUGUCACGCUAUGACAUCGUCAUCAUCCUGGAGGUGGUGGACGGAAGCGGGACAACUGUUGACACUUUUCUGAAGGAACUAAAUAAGACCAACCCGAAGCGUCCUUACAGCCUGAAGAUCAGCAAACGUCUGGGAAGAACCGUGUACAAGGAGCAGUAUCUCUUCCUUUACAGGGAAGACGUGGCGAAAGUGAUUGGAACGUACCAGUAUGAGGACAACCAGCCUGGAGAUGAAGACGCCUUUGAUAGAGAACCCUAUAUUCUGCGCUUCUCCUGUCCUAACACAGUGGUGAAAGACCUGGUCAUGAUUCCUGUCCACACAAAGCCUGAAGCCUCAGAGAAAGAGAUUGAUGAGUUUUAUGACGUGGCCAAGGUUGUAAGAGACAAAUGGAAAACAGAAAAUAUCAUGAUCUUGGGAGACUUCAACGCAGACGGCAGUUACGUGUCCAAAAAAGAGAUGAAAGAAAUUCGCAUCUUCACCGACAAAAACUUCCACUGGCUGAUUUCUGACGAUGUGGACACCACGACACGCUUAAAGAACGACAACACCUACGACAGGAUUGUGGUGUAUGGAAAGGCCUUGCUAGACGCUGUUGUGCCAAACUCUGCCAAAGCGUUCAACUUCCAGCAGGAAUAUGGACUCACUGAAGCUGAUGCACUUAAAGUGAGUGACCACUACCCCGUGGAGGUGGAACUGAAAAAAAGCAAGUCCUCCGGUCAGAGCUCAGGCAAACGCGACAAAUAGAAUACAGUGGGAGAAAGAGGGAACGCUUGCACUGGAGCUGGAUGUUGAGG